AUGUACGUGACAGCAUCGCAACUUACAAUUCAUAAUGAAUUCAAAACUGACGUUCGUGAAGGGGGAAUUGCAGCAAUUGGACCCCAAAGUGAGGUUCGUGUGGGACAAUCAUCAGCUGUGACUACUCGGUUAGUGCUUGAUUUUAUUGUAAUAGAGAGAACUUGUCAUGUUUAUUUCAGACUAAAGGUUAACAGAAGUUUUUUGGCUUCCUUUUCGAAGUUUCUUAAUUUUUAGAAGUUUGGAAACUACUGUUGGAAGAAUGCUCGUGUCUGUCUUUAACAUAAAGUUGUCAGUCUCUGAGUGAUGUCAAAGAAUUUAAUUUGCUUAAGUGGAAUGACAAACCAGCCCGUAAAACUUUGGGUUCCGGGAUUCAGAAAGCAAGAUGGAAGCUGCCACCCAGUUUGGGAGAAAGGACAGAAUAAGGGAUAA